AUGCGGCACCCACGCCCCCCUUAUGUCCCCACCACUACUACCAGUCCCACCCAAGACACCCAGACGCCCCAACCCCCAGUCACCACCCACCAGGAGGUCCUCACCCCAACCACCACCACCACCCUCGACUCCUACACCCUCCUCAACCUUCCUAAGACCACCUUCGACACCUACACUCCCCUAAAUCCUUCCCUCACCACCUUCGACACCUACCCCGUGGGGGGUGCUCAGGGGGGACCAUUUUCGUGGGAGGGAGUAUCACCUGAUCCCGCCCUCACCCCCUCCCUCAGUCUAUACGGGUCCCCAGGGCUGCCCGCGCCCUCUCCCCGCCCAACCGCUACGCCGGAGGCCACCUACUCAGGGUACACUCAGAGCGCCGCCCACAGCGUGAGUGUGACACUGGCCGACCUGUCACUGGCCGCCCCUCACAUGUGCCAGGCACCACCAGAGUACACCCGCGGUUCCUACGAGCCCCCCCUCUACCCCUCCCUGGCCCAGCUGGCCGGGGACGACCUGCCCUCCACCUCUGACUGGUCCAGCAUCAACGUGGGGCUGGAAGGUUGGGGCACAGACCCCCUGCAGCAGGCCUGGCCCUCCACCUCCCACGCCACCCAUGGGGACCCCGCCCCAACCUGGUCGUGGCCCCCUCAGGCCCCAGGGCCACAGGACCCCUGGGUCCCACAUUCCCAGGUGUGUUCCCUGCCCCAAGACCCCGCAGCCCUGAGUCCGGCCAGUAGGGAGGUGGCACAAGGACUGCCUCAGGGGAGCGCCGCGCCCCACGGCCGCCGCUCAGCGUCUCGCUCACCGCUCAGUCCGACGGGCGCUAAGCUGACCCCCUCACCCCGGGGGGACCUCCCGCCCCGCUCCCCGCUCGCCCAGCCAGCCUCCCCACACGACACCCGCCACGCAGAUCGACGUCGCUGGCGGCGACGACAGCAGCAGCAGGAGGAGAACCCCAGACAACAACACACGCCACGCGACGAAAGUCAAGACGACGACGAAGACGACGACACCGAAGAGGAGGAGCGACCAGUGUGCGUCCCGCCAG